AUGCAACAAAGAGAAAACAGUGUGUAGUCAUUUGAGAAGCUUUGCUAGGUUAGACGGAACCUUGAACAAGCUAAGAGCUUGGUGCAGGCUGUGAUCAAGAGGGAAGAGAAAAAGAGAGAAGUAGUGGAUAAUGAAGUUAUGCUGCAGAGGAAACAAAUGAAGUAUAAGCAUGAAACCGAAUUUUUGGAAGACAGCUUAGCGCUCUCAAGACUCGCUCCCUACUCUUCAAAGUUUGUUUCAAGUGAGGAAGAGUUCUUUGAGUCAGAUAUGAUGACCAGCCAUCCUCAUUCAAGGCCUUCAGUAGUACAGAUUCAUCCUUCAUAUGAUGCCAACCCAGCCAUGCUUCCUGCAACUUUUUCAAAGCAAGAGUUUAGGAGGCAACAUGUUCCACAAGGCUGGCCUCAAAAGUUGGUACAUAGAUGGCCAAGAAUGGGAGGGCAUAGAUUCAUAGGAAUGAGAACUCAACAUCAAAAGCUAACUAGAAAAUGUGAAGUUACAGCUAUUCUUGUUCUUUAUGGUCUUCCAAGAUGCUAUCCUAGCUCACAAGUUACUCACAAUUAUAAUCCAACAGGCAGUGGAUGUGAUUCAGAAGAAGCUGCUGUUGAGGAAUCUAAUGGGAAUAAGGAUGCUAUGGACCUUGAGAUUCGUUCAAGAGAAAAUAUGGUGGAAAAACUAGUUCAAGAAGAAUUCAUGCACAUAUGGCUGAUGGAUGCUGAUUCAUGUCCAUUUUUUGAGAAAGAAUAG